AAACUUUCUUCCAAAUUCCGAAGGCCAUGGCGGUUUCAUCCUUAUCAUCACUUGCCAACUUCUUCUUCUUCACACUGUGUCUGGGACCUGCAAUAUUAUUCCAUUUCGAAACUACAAUCUCUCUGUGUUCCUGUAAUUGGCCUCUUACUUUAUUUCUCUUCUCGUCCCUCACCAUCUUCGCUUUCUCUCUGAAUUACUGGGUUGUUCCAGGAGGCUUUGCAUGGAGGAAUUACCAUCAUUACAGAAACCCUAAUAAGUUACGAGGUCCAGUGGGAUGGCCGAUGAUCGGGACUUUGCCUCAGAUGGGUUCUCUAGCUCACAGAAAUUUGGCUGCCAUGGCCAGUUCUAUGAACGCAAAAAGGCUCAUGUCGUUUAGUCUAGGAGCCACACCAGUUAUCAUAAGCAGCCACCCGGAGACGGCCAGGGAAAUCCUAUGCGGCGCGUCGUUUUCCUAUCGUCCCAUUAAACAAUCUGCUCGCUUUCUAAUGUUUGAGCGAGCCAUAGGGUUUGCUCCUGCCGGCACCUACUGGCGCCACCUUCGGAAGAUCGCUGCCGGCAUGUUCUCUCCAAGGGGGAUCGGGGGCCUCCACGGUCUUCGGAGGCGCGUGGCCGAGGAAAUGGUGAUGAGGAUUGAGGACGAGAUGGAGGGAAAAGGAGAGGUGGAAGUUAGAGGGAUAUUGCAAAAAGGGUCGUUGAGUAAUAUACUGGAGAGUGUGUUUGGAAACAGUUUGGGUGAUGAUGAGAAGAAGGAGUUAGGUAAUAUGGUUGAAGAAGGAUACGGUUUGAUUGCUGAGUUCAAUUGGGAAGACUUUUUCCCUUUAAAAUUUUUGGACGUUAAAGGUGUGAAGAGAAGAUGUCACAAGUUGGCGGCUAAGGUAAGUGAUUUGGUGGGUCAAAUCGUGAAACAUCGUAAAGCAGAUCACAAUCAGAAUCAUCAGACUCAAAGUAAUAAUGAUUUGCUCACUGCUUUGCUUAGCUUGCCAGUGGAGGAAAGAUUAAGUGAUUCAGAUAUGGUAGCUAUCUUGUGGGAAAUGAUUUUCCGAGGCACAGACACAAUUGCGAUUCUUCUUGAAUGGAUCAUGGCGAGAAUGGCUCUUCACCAAGACAUACAAUUCAAAGCCCGACAAGAAAUUGACACUUGCAUUGGAGAGCAUGGUCAUGUGCGAGACUCCGACAUUCCCAACCUCCCUUACCUCCAAGCCAUUGUCAAAGAAAGUCUCCGCCUGCACCCACCAGGGCCGUUGCUCUCAUGGGCCCGUCUUGCGGUCAAUAACGUCCACGUGGACAAGACAUUCGUGCCAGCUGGCACCACCGCGAUGGUCAACAUGUGGGCCAUAACACACGACUCAACCAUCUGGGAGGACCCAUGGGCCUUCAAGCCUGAACGAUUUGUUAAAGAGGAUGUAUCUAUCAUGGGUUCGGACCUAAGGCUCGCACCAUUUGGAGCGGGUCGUCGGGUGUGCCCGGGAAGAUUGCUGGCCUUAGCCACGGUUCAUCUGUGGCUUGCGAUAUUGCUUUACCAUUUCACAUGGGUUCCCACGUCAUCACAACCUCUGGAGCUUUCAGAAUGCUUGAAAUUGUCUCUUGAGAAGAAAGAUCCACUACGAUGCCAAGUCAUUCGGAGAAGGUAGAGAGAGAUUCAAGUUUAUGUUUGUGUGAAAUAAUAUUUGGCAAAUGUGUGCGCGCCCUUUGCUUUGGUGUUUAUUUUGAAUGAGAUGGCAAAAGUAGGUUUUGUUUUAUGAGGGGAAAAAUUUACUAAGCAAUAUGUAAUAGUGCGAGCGAGGACUGUAACUCUCAAAUAAAAUCAAUAAAUGU